AUGGGGGACUUCGCCAACAGUUCAGUAGACUUCCACCCCAAGAAACGGGCGGGCAGCGCAGGAGGCAUGGAGGCCAACCACGCUGGGGACUUCGGGGUCACUGUGGAGGAGCUGAGGACGCUCAUGGAGCUGAGGGGCACCGAAGCCCUGCAGAAGAUUCAGGAGACGUACACAGAUAUCGAAAGCCUCUGCCACAGACUGAAAACGUCCCCGGCUGAUGGCCUCUCAGACAACGUUGCUGACCUGGAGAACCGCACGCGAGUGUUCGGACAGAACUUCAUUCCACCAAAGAAACCAAAAACCUUCCUGUCACUUGUGUGGGAGGCUGUUCAAGAUGUAACGCUCAUCAUCCUGGAGGUUGCUGCCAUUUUCUCUCUGGUUCUCUCUUUAUGUCAGCCACCUGGCGAGGAAAGCGAAUUAUGUGGAAAUGUGUCAUCUGGAGGGGAGGAUGAAGAAGAGGCUGAUGCAGGCUGGAUUGAAGGGGCAGCCAUCUUGCUGUCAGUCAUCUGUGUGGUGCUGGUGACAGCCUUCAAUGACUGGAGCAAGGAGAAGCAGUUUCGUGGUCUGCAGAGCCGCAUUGAGCAGGAGCAGCGCUUUGCCGUGGUGCGAAACGGCACAGUCAUCCAGAUCCCCAUCGCAGAUAUGGUAGUGGGUGACGUGGCACAGGUCAAAUAUGGUGACCUGCUGCCUGCAGAUGGGGUACUGAUCCAAGGUAAUGACCUGAAGAUCGAUGAGAGCUCCCUGACCGGAGAGUCAGACCAUGUGCGCAAAUCUGCGGACAAGGACCCGAUGUUGUUGUCCGGAACUCACGUGAUGGAGGGCUCAGGGAAGAUGCUAGUCACCGCGGUUGGCGUGAACUCCCAAACUGGGAUCAUCUUCACACUGCUGGGGGCCGGAGACGCCGAGGAGGAGAAGAAAGACAAGAAAGAGGGCCACGCUAACUCGCCCACGCAGCAGCCCCCGGCAAGCCAAGCCAAAGCAAGCUGCAUCAGGAAUGGGAAGCCAGAUGGGACGCUAGAGACCAGUCAGAACAAAGCCAAGAAACAGGAUGAGGCUGUUGCCAUGGAGAUGCAGCCCCUGAAGAGCGCCGAAGGUGGCGAAGUGGAGGAGAAAGAGAAGAAGAAGGCGAGUGUGCCGAAAAAAGAAAAAUCGGUCCUCCAGGGCAAGCUCACUAAACUGGCAGUGCAAAUUGGGAAGGCAGGCUUGGUCAUGUCCGCCAUCACAGUCAUCAUCCUAGUCGUCUACUUUGUGAUUGAAACCUUCGUGGUGGAGGGCAGGCCGUGGAUUACAGAGUGCACACCUGUCUACGUGCAGUACUUUGUCCAGUUCUUCAUCAUCGGUGUGACUGUGCUGGUCGUGGCAGUGCCUGAGGGUUUACCAUUGGCUGUCACCAUUUCUUUGGCUUACUCUGUUAAGAAAAUGAUGAAGGACAACAAUCUGGUACGUCACUUGGAUGCCUGCGAGACCAUGGGCAAUGCAACGGCCAUCUGCUCUGAUAAAACGGGCACGCUGACCACCAACCGCAUGACUGCAGUGCAGGUCUACGCCUGCGAUCAUCACUUCUGUGAAGUCCCCGACGCUGACCAGCUCAACCCUAAGGUGCUGGAGAUGCUGGUCAGCUCCAUCUCCAUCAACAGUGCAUAUACCUCUAAGAUUAUGCCACCUGAUAAAGAGGGGGGCCUACCCAAACAGGUGGGCAAUAAGACAGAGUGUGCCCUCUUAGGCUUAGUCCUGGAUCUUAAGAGAGACUACGCCCCCAUCCGAGAGCAGGUACCCGAGGAGAAACUCUACAAGGUCUACACCUUCAACUCUGUACGCAAAUCCAUGAGCACCGUGGUGCAGCUUCCAGAUGGAUCCUUCCGCCUAUACAGCAAAGGUGCUUCUGAGAUACUGCUCAAAAAGUGCUCAGCUGUCAUGGCUGCAGGGGGUGAGCUUCGGACUUUCCGUCCACGUGACCGUGACGAAAUGGUUAAGAAGGUGAUAGAGCCCAUGGCAUGUGAUGGCCUACGAACCAUUGGUGUCGCCUACCGAGACAUCCCUGCUGUCCCAGAGCCUGACUGGGACAAUGAGGCGGACAUUUUAACCAACCUGGUCUGCAUUGCUGUAAUUGGCAUUGAGGAUCCAGUCCGUCCUGAGGUCCCAGAUGCCAUCAAAAAAUGCCAACGGGCAGGUAUCACUGUGCGCAUGGUGACAGGCGAUAACAUUAACACUGCACGCGCUAUUGCAUCAAAAUGCGGCAUUAUUCAGCCAGGUGACGACUUCCUGUGCCUCGAGGGCAAAGAUUUCAAUCGACGAAUCAGGAACGAGAAGGGAGAGAUUGAACAAGAGCGCAUUGACAAGAUCUGGCCCAAGCUGAGGGUUUUAGCCCGGUCCUCCCCAACAGACAAACACACUCUAGUAAAAGGUAUCAUUGACAGCACAGUAUUGGAACAGCGACAGGUUGUGGCAGUCACAGGCGAUGGGACAAAUGAUGGGCCUGCCCUGAAGAAGGCUGAUGUUGGCUUUGCCAUGGGCAUCGCCGGCACGGAUGUAGCGAAAGAAGCUUCCGACAUCAUCUUGACCGACGAUAACUUCUCUAGCAUCGUCAAAGCUGUUAUGUGGGGAAGAAAUGUCUAUGACAGCAUUUCAAAGUUCCUGCAGUUUCAACUCACUGUUAACGUUGUGGCUGUCAUCGUGGCCUUCUCCGGGGCGUGUAUCACACGGGACUCUCCUUUAAAAGCAGUGCAAAUGUUGUGGGUGAAUCUGAUCAUGGACACUUUUGCUUCGCUGGCAUUGGCUACCGAGCCGCCUACUGAAGCCCUGCUGUUAAGGAAACCCUACGGCAGAAACAAUCCCCUCAUUUCCCGCACUAUGAUGAAGAAUAUUCUGGGACAUGCCGUCUACCAACUAAUCAUCAUUUUCUCUCUUCUGUUUGUUGGUGAGAAACUCUUCAAUAUCCAGAGUGGACGCAAUGCUCCGUUGCAUUUGCCCCCUUCUGAGCACUACACCAUCAUUUUCAACACUUUUGUACUCAUGCAGUUGUUUAAUGAGAUCAAUGCCCGCAAGAUCCACGGGGAGAGGAAUGUUUUUGAUGGCGUCUUCUCCAACCCCAUUUUCUGCAGUAUUGUCCUAGGUACUUUCGCCAUGCAGAUUGUGAUUGUGCAGUUUGGAGGGAAGCCUUUCAGCUGCACACCGCUCAGUAUGGAGCAGUGGCUGUGGUGUCUGUUCGUGGGACUUGGAGAGCUGCUGUGGGGACAGGUCAUCACCUCCAUACCCACAAGCCGUCUCAAGUGCCUAAAGGAGGCCGGGCACGGGCCGGGCGCAGAUGAGAUCCUGGAUGAAGAUAUGGCGGAGGACGAGGAAGAGAUCGACCACGCCGAGAGGGAGCUCCGCCGAGGACAGAUACUGUGGUUCAGGGGGCUUAAUCGCAUUCAAACUCAGAUGGAGGUAGUGAGUACCUUCAAGAGGAGCGGCUCCUUUCAGGGUGCUGUGCGCCGCCGCUCAUCUGUUCUAAGCCAGCUCCAUGACAUUCGAGUGGUGAAAGUGUUUCGUAGCUCUCAGUACGACGGCAUCGACAAGAAGGACUCCAGGAACUCCAUCCACGAAUUCACCCCCCCGCCCGAGUUUCUCAUCAGCGACUCGGUCCACGGCAUCCCACUGAUCGACGACACGGAUGCGGACGACGACUCCGCCAGGAUCAACUGCAACCACGUCGACCCGGCUCCCCAGCCAGACCCCGUUCCCCCAGCCUUGCAGCCUCCCCAGCCCCCUCCUCGCCACCGCCGCAACUCCCAGCCCAAACACCAUCAGCAGAGCCUUCCGGUCACCCUCAACUGCAACAACAAUGCAAAGGAGGUUGGUGUUCGCCUUCUCCCAGUCCACACGUCUCCCCGCACCACCGUCCCCUUCUACAGCUUUGAAACGUGUCUAUAA